AUGGGAUCUACUCAAGUUGACAGUUACGAUGUUCUCAUCAUUGGUGCUGGACUCUCCGGCGUCUGCAGCCUUUACCACAUGCGAAAGCGCUUUCCCAACUGGCGCAUUCGUGUACUUGAAGCUGCCGAAAGCGUCGGUGGCACCUGGAACUGGAACCGUUACCCAGGUGCUCGAGUUGACUCCGAGUCUCUCUCUUACGCUUUCUCUUUCGACAAGGACCUCAUGAACGAAUGGCACUGGAAGGAGUCGUUCGCCACUCAGUCAGAAAUACUCCGAUACAUCGAACGGAUCGCAGAGAAGCACGACCUCAACAAGGAUAUUCAAUUCAAGACCAAAAUACAGUCCGCCCGCUGGCAGGAUCAUAACCGAACUUGGCUGUUUGCCGACGAGGCAGGCACUCAAUACCAGACAACCUUCUUUGUCAGUUGCAUGGGAUUUUUGUCAACUCCCACUCUGCCUGCCAUUCCUGGUAUCGAGACGUUCAAGGGCGAAGCAUUCCAUACCUCUCGAUGGCCAAAGAACUUUGAUCUGGGUCGCGAUUUUGCCGGCAAGCGCAUCGGUGUUAUUGGAACUGGUGCGACUGGUAUUCAGACAACCACUGCCGUCGCCAAAGAACCCAGUGUCAAGUCAGUAACUGUCUUCCAGCGCACACCAAACUGGUCUGCACCUCUUCGCAACGAAGAUAUCACUCUGGAGCAAAUGGCGGAACACCAAAAGAAUUACGACCAGAUUUUCCAGCUUUGCGCCGAGACUCCUGGCUGUUUCAUGCAUCAAGCGGAUCCCCGAAAGUCAUUGGAAGUCAGCGAGGAGGAGCGCCUAUCAUUAUGGGAAGAAGUAUACGCCAAGCCAGGGUUCGCCAAGUGGCUUGGUGUGUUCAGCGACACAUACACUGACCGCGAAGCCAACAAGCUUUACUCCGACUUUAUGGCGAAUAAAAUUCGCGCACGUAUAAAUGACCCAGAGGUAGCAGAGAGCCUAAUCCCGAAAAGCCAUGGAUUUGGAACUCGACGAGUCCCUCUGGAAAGCGGCUACUUUGAAUCAUACAACCGGCCCAACGUCCACCUCGUCGACUUGCAGAAGACACCAGCCGAGAGGAUUACAGAGACAGGAAUCACAACCACAGAUGGCACUCAUCAUGAGCUUGACGUUUUAAUUUAUGCCACUGGAUUCAACGCCAUUACUGGUGCCUUCAGCUCUAUUGAGUGGCAUGCCAAGGAUGGCCGGCCUUUGCUUGGUAGUAGCGACAGCAAGCAAGGCCAACAGGCUAUCUGGCUUGACCAUCGGCCCGAGACAUACCUUGGUCUAACUGCAUGCUCGAUGCCAAACAUGUUCAUGGUCCUUGGUCCUCAUCAGCCAUUUGGAAAUGCACCGCGAACAAUUGAGCAUGCCGUGGCGGUGGUCUCCGACUUGCUACAAUACUGCAAGGAUAACAACUAUACCUAUGUUGAGCCUACACGAGAAGCAGUGGAUAAGUGGACUGAACAUGUGGUUGAGUGCAGCAAAGGACAUCUUUCCAACGAGGUUGACAGCUGGAUGACCGGUGUGAACAAGAAUAUCAAGGGCAAGAAUGUUCGGUCUGUUGCGAGAUACUCUGGCAGUGCGGUUGAAUAUCGCCGGAAAUGUGCCGAAUGUCAAGAUGCAGGAUGGUCGGGGUUGACCUUUGCAUAG